AUCAUCUAAACAAUGCACACUCAUCUCAUCAUCAUCCUUUCCUCGCGGUGGCAAGGGGACAAUUCUCCGGAAAAUAUUCUGAACAACUCUAAUUCCUCAUAGGAAUAAAAUAUAACGAUAUCUGAACUAGUUUUUCUGCAAUUCCAAUCACAGCCAGGAAAGACUUUUUUUUUUGAAAAAAAAAGGAAAAAGGAAAAAGGAGGUCGGUCGGUCGGUCGGAGUCAUGAGCAUUAGUCCCAUCAACCCCGUCGACGCCGCGGGAGAUGCGUCCCCCAUACCCCCGGCGGCGCCGCCGUCCCCGCCCGCAUCCUCUGCCUCGUCGCCCGGGGCGCCGUACGUGAAGCCGCAGCCGCGCGCGCCGCGGUCCCCCGCGCACUCGGCGCAGAUCCGCGUGCAGAACCGGCGGCGCGAGUACCUCGAGCGCAACCCGGGGUACUUUGGUUCGCUGGAGCACGAGCUCGCCGAUCCGGUGCUAUAUGAUGCGCUCAUACGGCAGUUCCAGUCCGCGGAGGAGCGCGAAAAAGAGGGCCGCGUGAAGGGGUACUCGCGCGUGCUGGAAGUCGACCUCCUGCGGGGCGAGGCCAAGCUCGCGCAUCUCACGUCUUCCUCUUCUCAGCAAGCAGCAGACUCACUCACAAGUCAACAGCAGACACCCUCCUUCCCCACAUCAUCAUCAUUCUCAUCAUGGCUGCCCCAACCAGCAGCCGAGGACGCGGACCCGUUCAUUCGGGAGACGGCGACGGGGGGCGACGGGCUGUUCGGCGUCGAAAAGGGGGGGUUGCCGCGGCGGCCGGAGACGAGGGAGGAAGGGCGCGAGAGGUGGGUCGCGUUUUUGCGCAGGAGGUUCGUGCUGGGCCGCGACGAGGAUUUCGACUACUCGGCUGUCGACGAGAACGACGAGUUGGAUGUGCUGGAGAGGCGCGAGCAGGAGGAUGCGUGGUUCGACGAUGAGGAUCCGGGUUGGGCGAGCGAUGGGCCGGAGGAUCGGGGGGGUGGGGAGGGAGGAGGAGGAGAAGCAGGAGAAGGAGGUGGUGGGGGGACGAUAGGGGGGAAGAGACUGGAGGGAGAGACGGGGAUUCAGGAUUUCUGAGCGGUGGGUGCUUUGGUAGGAAUGAUAAUGAAGAUACGAGAAUUCGCCUUUGGGGCAGGUUUAUACCCAUAUUUGAGUAUUUUUACAUUACAUCGGGCUGUAGGGGAUUAUGAAUGAGCCGCGGUAAAGAAAGAAGAAGUACCAGCUCCCAUUACUGGAUUAGCACCACCAGCUUCAUUCCGUAUCAGUUAUGAAAAUAAAAUAAAAAUAGAGGCUAUGGAUAUGGCAUUAGUUCACCUUUACGUAGUUCGAGCAACAAUGUGUUAGUUAAACUUCACAGCGCUAUCUAUUUAGUCAUCCGGCAUUCUAGUCCAUCUCAGGCACAGGUAGAUGAUCCACAAGCUUCAGCUGCAACCCCAGCU